CCUCCGUUGUAGUAACGGCAGAUAGCGACCAAGUUGUUGGUGAAGCCACGGUAAUUAACAUAAAACCACACAUAUAAUGUCUUACAUGCACUCGUUAUGCAAGGCACAUACUUGUUUCAGUUGGCGUCACAGUUGUCAGAAAAUGUAAACUAUAAAUAUGUGAAAAGUUUGAAGCAAGCGUGGCAAGCAGUCAUUAAGAGUGUUAGCUAGUUAGCUUAAAAAGUGCGUGUACUGUAUUUGAGCCACGCUGAAAACGUUCACUACCAUGAGCAAAAAGACAACUUCACCGGAGUCAGGCGAAAACGUAAAGCUUUUGGGACAUGAAAGUGAUAAUUGGAACCUGCCACCUCCCCCAGAAGAGAAGCUGGAAGUUUAUAUCCACGACUCAAACAACAUUAAACAGCUUGUAAACGAGUUCAAGGGACUCCACGUGCAGAGAUUGACAUGUCUCGAGCUGGACACCACUUGUUUAAACAAAGAGGAACGGCAGCAGAAGAAAGUGAAUUUCCUGUGGUCUUAUGUGAAUGACCUCGUAGAGCAGAACCAGGUGCUGGUUGAGACCGUUGAGGAUCUGCAGAAGGAAGCUGACGACAAGGUUUCCUGUCGGGGAAUGAAGCUCCACGCCUCAGAUCCCAUCCUGAACGUGUCUGAGGCUGAUCUGAGGACUUUGUUUCUGGAUGAGCUUGUUGGACCUGCGGCUAACAUCCCACACAGCUCUGUCUCCUUGGUUCAGAUCACAUCGGAGUUAGAAGACUUGAAAAUCCAGUUGCAAACCAAGGACAUGGUCAUCUGUGAUCUGGAGAGGACGCUCAGAGAGAAUUCCCAGCAGAAGCAAAAGACUGCAGCCCAGACACUGGAGAGCCGUGAGAGGCUGGAGCUCCUGCAGAGCGAGCUCUCAUGUCUGCAGAGGAUCCACAAAGACAACAUGAAGGAGAUCACAGAGAGAGGCGUCUGCAUCACCAAACUGCAGGCGGCCUCUGAGCUGCUGCGACGACAAGAGGGCAACGACACACGCACUCAGCUCUCCAAGCUGAAUGAAAGAGCGAGGGAGCUUCAGGAGGAACUUAGGAGGAAAGAGGAGGAAUGGAGGCAAAGAGAAAACGAGCAGAAGCUGAAAUAUGAAAAGGAGCAUGAAGAAGCAGAGGAGAGGGGGAGGCGGGAGCAACAGGAGAGGGUGAGGAAGGGGGAUGAAGAAAGGAAGACCCAUGCUCAGGCUGUUGGGCAGUGGGCCAAAAAAGCAGAUGUCCUGAAAUCUGAGUCGGCGGUCAGCAGGAAGCAGGUGGAGCGGCAGCAGAAGGAGCUGUCAGGGUCCCGUCAGAAGGAGGAGGCGCUUCUCUCUAAGAUGAAGGAGAGAGAGGUGGAUGUGGUUGGACUGCGAGCCACACAGGACUCUCUGAAGGGAACCUUGGCUCUGAAGGAGAAACACACACAACAGCUGCUCCACGACAACACGCAGCUCAAAGAAAGCCUGUCUUCACUGCAGAGCAAAUUACAAACGACAAGUGAAACCCUGGAUCAAACCAGGAAGAGUCUGGACACGGAACAACAGCAGAUCCAAGAGCAGUUGCACCAUGCCAACAAAGCGAGGAAGCAUCUGCAGCAGGAGCUAACACAUGCACGUCACACCGCUGAAAAGAAGAUUCAGAAGAGGGAGAUGAAGACGUGCGCGCUGGCGAAGCAGCUCUCUGAAUGUCAGGAAGAGUUGCUCCAGAAAGAUAAGGCUUUAGAGGAACUGUGCGAGGAGAGGGAAAAGCUGAGAGCCAAGAUGGAGGACCGGAGCAGAGAGUGUGUCCACCUCCACCAGACCAAAGAGAGACUGGAGGCUGACUUGGCUCUGAGCCACGAGAAGAUCCACACCUCACACCUGGAGGUUCGAAGCAGGGAUCAGUUCAUUCUGCAGCUAAGAGCUGAAAUGAAGACAGCUGAACAGAAACAUAAGAGGGAACAGGAACAGGUGGUAGCGCUGGAGGGUGAGGUUAGACACUUGAAACACAAGGUCAGAGGACACCAUGAAGAGAAGUUCCAGUUAAUCGAAAAGGUCAGGGACAUCGAGCGCCUCGUAGACCAAAAGGAGAAAGAACAGCAGCAGCUACAUGAACAGCUGCAUGAUGGUCAGCAACAGGUCGAGACAUUCGAAGGGAAGCUGAAGAAGCAAGAGGUUGAGACUGAACUUCUUCAUGAGCAGCUGAGAGGAGCCAAGGAGGAGCUGAAAGAUGCCAGUUUACAAGCCCAGGAGCAGAAAGAAACGGCAGCCAUUUUUAGACAAAAGUACACUGCAGCAAUGGAGAAGGUGCAUCGGGUGCAAGGGCAGGUGGAGCAUUUGGAAGAGGAACUACAGUACUCACAGCACCAGCUAAGAGAUUCCAAAUUGGCAACUGAUUCAGUGAGAGAGGAGCUAGCCGAGAUGGAGCAGCGGUACCAGGAGAAGGUCAACCAAUGGGAGAACUCGCAGGAGGCUCUGGACCAGCUGACGGAUGAGCUCCAGGACAAUCAGCAUCUACUGAGGGAGAGACAACAAAAAGAGGACCAUCUAAAAGGCCUGAUUGGAUCCCUGCAGGAGCAAAAAGACGCACUCAAACAGCAGAAACUGAUGUUGGAGUGUGACCUAAAGCUUUUCCAACAGAGUCAUUCCCAUUCGGAAGAGGAGUACGUUCACCAACUAAAACACCACCAGCAGCUACAGAAGCGCUGCACGGAGCAGGUUGAGAGCCUUGCGCGGUGUGAAAAGGCUAUUCUUCAGAUGAAGUCAGAGCUGGAGAGACAAGCCCAGGAAAAAGUCUGUCUGAAGAAAAGUCUUCUCGCGUCCCACCAUACACACGUGAUCGAUCGCAGUCAGCUGGAACAGGAAGCGAUUCAUCUGAAAAAGGAAGUGACACGCGUAGAGCUUGAGCUGGCUGACACCCAAAAGGUACAUGUGGCACUUCUCAGAGCGUCAGAGGAGGAGCUGAAGGAGGCCAGACGAGAGGUGGAGGUUCAGAGAGAGGAGGCGCAGAGGCUUCAGGAGGAGAUACUGAAGGAGGAGGAGAAGAGGAGGAGCGCCAUCAGAGAGAAACAGAGUCUGAGCGCUUGUGUCAGACAGUUGAGCCGAGAAAUGGAGGAGCUACGCAGCAAGCAGCAAGUGACAGAGGAGGAGUUGGCAGCCCGUGCAGAGGAGGCGAGGCGGAUGGAGGGGUGCCUGAAUGAGGGAAAGCUAGCAGAGGGGAAAAUAAGGUCUGUGGCUGUGAGGCUGGAGUCGGAGGUUUUGGAGCUCAGGAGGAAUCUUCAGCAGGCUGUCGAUCACAAACUGGAGGCAGAGCGAGAGAAGCAGGAAGCGCAAGAACAGCUGAAAGAGACACUGAUCGGCAAAGCAAACCUCCGCUGUGAGAGCCAGCUGGUCCUGACUAAUGUCAACCGCUGGAUCAGUGAACAAAGGGCUUCCAACGAGAGCCUCUCUGCUCAGAUGAAGGCCCAACACAAGAUGCUGCUCAUCCUCACUGAAGAGAAAGCACAUCUUCAGGGCGCUAAUGACACGCUGAAGGCGGAGGUAAAGAGACUGAAAGAAGCGGCGGAUAAGAAGCAGAGAGACAUGGAGCGCUUCAAGGCCCGGAUCCAAGACCAGGGCAUCCGGCAAGACGACAGAACCUUAGAAAAGCAGGGCUGCGUUGCUCACAAUCUCAGCAAAAUGGAGGACAUGCAGACCAGACUGCGAAGCAACCUGGAGGCCGUUGGAAUGCUAAAUCAACAACUAACCUCCCUCAGCAGGGAGAACAAGCGGUUGCGUAGGCAGCUGGAGGAGGAGAAGUCUAAGCGUAGACAAGUGGCCCUGCCUCCUCCUCCCCCCUCCCAGCAGUCCUCCUCAGUCCACCUCCCUCCGCCUCCUCCUCCUUUGGGCCUGGAAAACAGUGACAGGGGGACAUUGAUGGGAUUCUAACCCAGACUAAGGCUAGGGAGAGCAGGUGAGUCCCAGGCUUUGGGGGUUCAGGAUCAGGCCCCCUGCCUCUCUGCAUGGCGCUUGGUCUGGCAGGACAAGCAGGGAUCUGAACAAAUGAAGCCCCCUGAAGACUUUGACCUGUGGAGACCUCUUGACCUGCAGCUCCUCACCAGGGAGUGCGCUCUGUUUGAGGUUAAUGUCCUGCAGGUCAAAGUCAAGUCCCAGGGUGCUUUUUGCCUGAGGGGCGAUCCAGAACCGGGGAAUGAUGAUGGAAUUCCCUCAAAUCGUCAAAAAUCAAACUCUACUGCUGUGCCAUGAAGAGAUUAUUUCAUAGAACAUUCACACCUCUUAACAUUUUAAAUCUGAUACUGAAGUGAUGCCAACCUUAAAAUGCUGCAAUUAUAUGAGCAAUUGCAGCUAAUAACGGUAGGUUAUUUCUUUAAAUAAUCUUCAAUUGCAACAAAACUGUAGCACCUAAGCACUAACAUACAUCUUCACUGCACUUAUUUGUAAAUCCAGACAGUCCUGAUGAACUAUAAUCAAUUUAUUUCAACUAAAAUGAACUAAUAAGACUCAAGUGUUGAUGAAUGUGUCUUACACUGGAGGAGAGUUUAGGGCACAUCAUCAGUAUCCACAGACGCAGCUCAGAUGUGGAUGGCUGUACCACAGUCUCUGAUUACUCUGCAGCUGUGCGCCAUGUGUCCUGCAUCUAUUGCGGUGAAUGUGGCCGUACGUCGUUAUGAGAGUACAUUAUGUGUCUGCGUGCUUCUGCCUCUCUGAAAGUGCCUGUGGGAGAGUGUGUGCUCGUGAGUGAUUGAGUAUAUUAGUUGUUUAUUGUAGUAGAUGUUGUUUUAUAUUUUGUUUUAUACUUCAAAAACUAUUUAUUGAUUUCUCUCAUGUCGCUGUGUUUGGAGCCCAUGUGUUGUAACGACGGGAAAAUAAAAACAGAUACAUUUGGAA